CUCUUCUACUAUGGACUUCUUCUCAUUUCUUUGAUCGCGUGUCCGCGGACACGGCGAUAGAACUAUUUUGUCGUUGUUGUUCUAGCAUUGGCCGGAUCUGAAGUCUCCUACGGGAUAGUACUCGUGGCCUUUGCUUUGCUUUUGCGAUGGGGGGUUUUUUUUUUUUUUCAGUAUCUCCUUUUGAGCGAUCAGCUCGGGUUUUCUCUUGCACGGUUCACAAAAAGCGGUCUCUACCACCAACUUCUACUACUGCUGCUCUGCGGAUGGGAUCGAUGGUUUGGUUUGGUCUUUGUUAUGGGCUCUUUUUCCUUCUUCUUUUUCUCGACUACUACUUUUACACCGUUUUCUCAAUGAAACUGUUAUACACUCACUCUACUGCUGCUGAUGCUGCCAAUGCUACUAGUGCUACUGUUAGUGUUGACUGUCUGUGCACCGCGUGCGAUGUCUGGUGACGGCCGUUGUCGGAUCUGCUCACCUGUUUUUAAGGUUAGAUGCUGCUGAAGAUUUUGGCGAG